AUGUCAUUUGCCGGUCUCGGUCGUUUGUACGCAGGUUUGUCUGUAUUUUUUUGAGUUUUCGAUAUCCUUCGCGCGCGUGAAUAUGCACCAUUUUUACAUUAUUCGAUUGGCUUUCAUAUAAUGACACUUGACAUUCUACCUCCUGGUGUUUGCAUCUCUUUUUCCCUUUAUAUGCUGCCACAAUAGUCAUCUUUCAUAACGCUCAAGGUUAUGUCCCCCGUUUAUUGCAUUCUUUCCCCUUUAUCAAGUUGUUGUCGUCUGUUUUACCAUAGUCGUCCCUCUACAUGGUGUGUUACUAGGCUCUUUGCCGUUUACGAUACGGCUUUAUGAUGAACGUCAAUGUUCGCGAUCGGUCUUUGUCGUAGGCAAGCCGCAGACUGGCGCUGUAUAUAUUCUGUAUCUGUUGACUGUCUCGCACUGCCAUCUUGUUAGCUGCGACCUUUAUUUUUUCCGUUGCUUCCUUCCCUACUUUAUUUUUGCGGACAGUUUUGCUGUCCACUCCAUGUAGUUGUCGAUUUACACGUGGUAGUAGCGCAAAUAUUACCCUAGCACAUUUCGAUUUGCGUUUACCGGCCCAAAUGUCAUUAGAAAAUCGCACAUUGAACGAAGUUCUAGUUUAGCUAGGUUGGAAGAGCCUCAGUCCGCUCUACUAGCCUCCAUCGUCUGCUGACAACAGCAAUGGUUAAGUGAGCGACCGGGCGAGACGCUGUACAGUCUGGCGAGGGACUUCAGUUUUCACUUUUUUCCGUUAACACGCCCUUUUAAAAUGAUACCUUCAGUUUUUUCUGCUACAAUCCACCCCAUCCACCACUCAUCUGGAUUGUUUAUUGGAAGUCUGUUUGCCUUGCGUAGUCAACGCUCACCGAAAGUCACCUAAAGCUGUGCUUUGGAUAGUCUGGAGUGAACACUUCAGAGUAAUGUAGUUUGUGUGGAGAUGGUAAAAAUCACUAUGCAGACAUGUAGAGAUCUAGUAAAUAGAUGCCCAUGAGCAUCUAGAACCAUCAGUGCCUUUGUGACUCAGAAGCAAGAUGUUUGCGCAGUUUUUUUUUACAACAGUCGUGCUCGGUAGUAUAACACCACAAGCUUAAAAUGUGCAUCCAAGCCGUUUUCCUAGCGAAGAUAGGCGGUUUCUACACAUCUAACCAUAAACGCCAGUGCGCGGCUGCCUUCCACAUUUGAAGCACAAACUUCGUAUUGGAUUCGCUAAUUUUUGUAUCUUGGUUAGUUUUGAGAGGGGGCAUCAAGUUCAAGUCAGUCCAUGGCCCAACCGGCGUUCUCAAUAAAGCCGGAUAUUUUACAAUAUCACAGCAGAUGUUUCAUGGAAAGCUCUCGUCUAGCAUUUCUUAGCCGUCUUUACCCAAACCCUGCAAAAUAUCGUUUACGUUCACAUUUCUAGGAAAGCAAUCUAUUUCGAGUCCUAUAAGUUAGAAUACCAGUUUGUCUCUCUGAGUUUUGUGACAACGUAUUCACCCUAGUCCAUAGUCACACAGAGUUCCGUUGUUUUUCUGUAUAUUAUGCCUUUCACUUAUCCACACAUUCAUCUCGCGAUUCGUGCACCUUAGUAGGAGACAGUUGUUUCAGCUAUCCACACACCCAGAGGUGCGGGCUAAAAUCUUUCCCUACGUAUAUUUGAGUAGUGUUUUGUUUGAAACUUACAACGCACAAGAAUUUGUAUAGUUCAGGCGGCUUACGACAUCCCCCAAUUGGGUUUUUAGCCUUUGUACUUUUGAGUCUCAGCCACAACAGCCCUUUACUUGACCAUUUUUAACCACGUGCGGCUUCAAUAUUACAUGACCCACGAAUUAUGCGCGCUCGUAUUUUAUCAUUGACAUUUUGUCUAUUAAAUUGUCAUUUAUGAAAAGCCGAUUGUGUCUGGUGCAUCUGGCACAUUUGGUUAUGCAUUAAAUGAGUCUGUGUUUUGAUGUAUAUUUAAACUUUGAGUACUCGUCUGUUAUACUCAAUAGUCAGGCGUCGGUGGCUUAAAUGUUUACCAUAAGCCACUUCCUCUUUCAUUUUUUUCUCAUCGCGCAGUCUCAAACCUCGGAUGACCUUUUCCUUAUCUUUCUGCUGCCUGAUUGUUCUUUUCUACUCGUGUUUUUUGAGUUCACAUUCGUCUAGCUAAAUUCACUAUGUUUUCACCAUCUUGCAGGUGAAGGCAAGCACGUGUGUCCACUCUGCGCUCGUCGUUUCCAAACCGCCCGCGACUUGCGUGUUCACAAAAAAUUUCUGCACGAUGGUAGCCUCAGUCCUAUUUUAAAAAUGAAUAACUUUUUGGAUGUUACUUUCACAAUCAAAAAGUUAAACGGUAAAGGGAAAAUUAUGUUCUAACGUUGCCUGUGGAGUUACCAUACCUUUCCUGCACGACUCGCGGCUAACAAUUACGAGGAUAGUCAUCUGAGGCUGAUUUAAUGUCCGGAGUUUCGCCCUAAGUUCGUCGCGGUUUCAUGUUGUCUGCUUUUUCGGGGAGGUUAACUACUAUACAUUUGUUUCUGUUCUCAAAAUCACAUCAAAGCGUAAAUUCUACGUCUCCAAUGUGAUUGCCUGAUUUAUAUUUACGUCUGCUACACAUAUCAUACUAUUGCCGUAGUUCGUUGCCUUUUGGAGUUGGGGUUUUUUAGCUGCCCCGCUGUAGUAAUCAAAAAACUCAUUGUGCGGACUAGCAUUGCUGUUGUCAAGUACCUCGUAUCGAACUCAGUACUCCAACAUUUCUAAUUGACUACUACGGGUUUGCGCUCAGCAGUCUGAGUUGCCAGACUAUAGUUAGUAUCUGGCCAAAGGGCCGGUCAAUCUGCGACGCACUAUCCUACUCUAUUACUUACGCUUAUUGCUUUUGUAUUAAUUCGAAGGCUAUAUAUUACAGUAAGACAGCAUUUCUUUACACGUUUUCUUUAGGACAAUUCAGUUCGUACUCCAGUAGCUUAUCAGGCUUUUUUUUUUAUAGAAAAACGGAAUGUCAACUGCAGCCUCUGCUAUAAGAAGUUCUACAGUCAGUCCUUUCUUCGGCUUCAUAUGACGGUUUCGCACAGUGGCAAGUCAAUCGUGUUUAAUUCAUCAUUGUUUGUACCCUAG